AUGGUCGCGCCAACUGAUCUAAACAUCCAGAACCUAACAGGGGACUGGGUGGUGGACAAAUCCAAGACAAAAAACAUGGACGCAGCGCUUAAACUGCAAGGCAUCGGCUGGAUAAGACGGAAAGCCGUGACAUCUGGAACCAUAACGCUCAAAAUCAAGCAGACUACAGAGCCACAGGACGGCGGCGAGCCAGUUACACGUCUCAUGAUACAGCAGGGUCUCCGUAGCAUCUUCCCUGGGGUUGAGCAGACUACGGCAUUGGACUGGACGGAGCACAAGCAGGUUGACGCGGUGUCGGGCGCUGCAAUUAUUGUCCGCAGUCGUUUUGUGAGAGGAGUCCGAGAUGCGGGUGGGCAAGUGAAGCCAGUUCUUGAUAUCCAGACGACAGCUGGUAAGAGGGAGGAAAUCGAGUCCUACCUUGGUACUGCUGUUUCAGUUCCUGGGGGUGGGGGAGAAGAUUCGAGUGAGAAGGCAUUCGUGCAGGACUUUAUCCGGUGCCCUGAUGGUGGGUGGUCGGCUGAGCAGGUCUGGGCUGUGGAGAGUAUCGGAGAUGGGCUGUUUCUGACUUGCAAGGCCGUUGCUGCGAAGGGGUCUGACACGCAAGAAGCCUGUCUGGUGUAUCAAUACGAGCAGCAGUAGCAUAUUCGAAAUAUAUUUGGUC